UAUUGGCUACUUUCAAUCAUGUGAUCAAAACAGAGUCAUGGCGGCGUCUGCAGCUGCCCGGACGAGCAUUGGUUUAACUUUGAGGUUUCAUCGAGUAAUUCCGGACUGUAGCAAAUGCCCCCUGUACAGACUAAAGAGCUGUACCAGCAACAGAGCUAACCCCCAAAGAAGAAGCUCAUUUAAUAGCUUUCGGACGAUGAAUCGGCAUCUGCAGACGAGUAAAUGUCUUUCCCAGGCCCAGGAGGGUAGCUCCAACUCAGAAGACCCAGAUGAUGUAGUUAAUGUGGUGUUCAUAGACCGGUCUGGCAAGAGGAUCCCCGUUAAAGGCAAAACGGGAGAUAACGUCUUGUUUCUGGCCCACAAACAUGGAAUUGAACUAGAAGGAGCCUGUGAGGCGUCGCUGGCCUGCUCAACGUGCCACGUCUACGUGAGCGCAGCUCAUUUCGACAAACUGCCAGAACCAGAAGAAAGAGAGGACGACAUGCUCGACAUGGCGCCCAUGCUGCAGGAGAACUCCCGACUCGCAUGUCAGAUCGUUCUCACUCCAGACCUCGAUGGGAUGGAGCUCACCCUGCCAAAAGUCACCAGGAACUUCUACGUGGACGGCCAUGUCCCCAAACCUCAUUGAAUGGAGCCACAGAUGAUAAAGGGGAGGGGGGGUUGUAUCUAAAGAUGUGAGGCUUUUGCUGUGUGCUGGCUGAGAGGUGGGAUGACUGAAAAGAUUUACGACUAGGAUAGUAAUGUGAGCAGCAACUCCCAGGAAGUGUCACUGACGUCAGCACAGACCUGCAGCGGAGAACAGGCCAAGUCCUCAAACUACACUAGUCCCACUGGAGUUGGUCUCCAUGGUUACAUGCACAGAGAAACUGAUGAUGACUGAUGAUGUAUUUAUUUAUGUGAGGAGUUCUCAGGCUUCAGUCUCAGAGACCUGAAACAUCAGUCAGAUCGAGAUUAUCUCUGAACGGAACAUUCCUUGUUACAGCUUUUAUACGCACAAGAAUCCCAGAAUAAUCCUCAUGACCAUUAUUGUCCUGAUUUAUGUCGCAUAUGCAUAUUGUUCACUUUUAUGUACCAUAUUCAUCUGUAGAUGUUUCAGUGUUUUGUUGAAUUAGUCCUAAAAGUCAAAUUUCAGAAAAGCUUUCCUUCUUUAGUCGGACCGAAAAGCCAUAAUCUACAAUAAAGUAACUGAUGCUUAAAGGUGGAUUAACCACAAAACUGAACAAAGGGAUGAAGUCUGUUCAUUCGAAACAUUUCAGAACGUUCUGGUGCCCCAUUCAGCUGUGGCCUGAUCCAGAGCCGGAAGUGUGCGUUCUCCAUCAACACAGUAGGGGUUUACCAUGUCUACCUUUGACUCAAGUCUAUUUGUCCAACACGCACAAAUGGAAGUGAAUUUUCUCUUAUAAUUGCAAAUAUUUCAAGUUGUACAAUUAAAUAUUUCUUUGAAAAUGGU